AUGACAGAUGCCACAAGAUACCAGGCCCCCAUGAUCCGGAAGGCUCAGCUGACUGAUGCGAAUAGCAUUGCAGAGCUAGGAGCGCAUGUCUUCACAACUACUUUUGCCCACUCCGUGCAGCCGCAGGAGCUUCGGGCGUUCCUCGAUGAAUCGUAUACGGUCGCAGCGAUCAUCAAGGACCUUCAAGAUCUGAACAGAGACGUCAUACUCUCGGCAAGCCGGGAGGGCGAGAUCCUUGGCUUCGCCUACCUCACGCGUGGCAGCAGUGAACCUUGCGUCGCUGACGUUCCAGAUAAGGUCGAGCUACAGCGCAUUUACGUUCACCCCUCAGCUCACGGCAAAGGAGUCGGUCGGCUACUGGCAAACACUCUAGAAGAGAUGGCACGCGAACAAGGUUUCAAGAGUAUGUGGCUGGGUGUAUGGGAGGAAAAUACAAGGGCUAUCAAGGCGUAUCAGAAAUGGGGUUAUAAGCUAGUGGGCGAUCACGACUUCGUGAUUGGCACGGUUAUUCAGACGGAUUUUAUCAUGUUAAAGAGCUUGUAG